CCACCCUCAAAUAUUGUUGUAUUGCUUCAUCGAUCAAUCCGAAUGUCCCCGCCAAAGACUGUACGGUUGGAAUGGGCUACUGCGAUGGCGGGCAUUCUCUCUGUGCCAGGUUCAAUAUGGCUCCCGCUCUGGGCUCUGUGCCCGGAUGGCCCUCUCCCCUCCUCGAUAUCGAAGCCCUUGCGCCCGACCAUUCUCGCAAGCUGGACAAAAGGGAUCUUAUUCCUGCACCGCACAUCCCGCCACUCCUUCCCACGCCAUCAUCGCUAUGGCGACCAAAUACAGUAUCAAAGUCUGGCUCAAUGAUGACUGUCGCCGGUUCAUCAUGGAUUCCCAGCAACUGAGCAUGGAGGCGUUACGAUCCAAGAUCUACUCGGUUUAUGGACUCAAGUCUGACGAGCCGUAUGUGAUCAAGUUCAAAGACUCGGAAGGCGAUCUCGUGACGCUCUCGACCAUGGAUGAACUCGAGGACCUUUUGACCCACGAUCUCAGGGACUCGGACCGCACCAUCAAGCUGCACAUGCUCGCUGCACCCUCGACAAAUCGCUCUCCCAGCUCCACGACUGUCCCGACCUCGCCGUCGGCCUCCAUCUCGGCCUCCAUCUCGACCAACCCGUUCCUGGAUUCGGGAUUUGCCGACGAUCUCUGGGCGAUCAGCGAUGAUACAGAGCACUCAAGCACUCCCGCCGACCGUAUUCGACCCGAUGUCAGCAAGGAGAUGAUGGACAUCCUACGCGACCUGAGCUACUACAUCUGUGCCCGAGACUUGACUCCGUUUCACUCGCGCGUUACUUCUGAAAAAAGCUUGAUCACUCCCAACUCCAUCACCCAAAAGAUCGGCGCCGCCGCCCGCAAAUUCGACUCAAAGAUCCCCAUGAUGAAAUCCAUCGCCCGCUCAGGCCUGUGGAUGUCUCAGUCGAGCAUGAUGGAUUUUAGAGACUGGUCUGUCACCGAGGUGUCGCAGUGGCUCUCGGCCACAGGGUUGGAGGAUCUCUCGCAGUCCUUUCGCGACCAUGACAUCAACGGUGAAGUCCUCUCGGAGCUGAGCCACGACAUCCUCAAAGACAUGGGUAUCUCGUCGAGUGGGAAGCGUCUCAAGAUUCUCAAGCUCGUUAACGACAUGAAGGAUUCUAUUGCUGCCUGAGCAACAUGUCGUUUGUUUUUGACCCAAACACAUAAUGCAAUAGAUGAUGAUGUAUUGGACAA